AUGGCAAAAUACGGCAUUGUGGUUCUUUCUAGCCUGAUUGGCUUCGCUUUGGGUAAAUGGCAGACUGUCGACGAGGCUGGCUUUCGAGAGGCUGACCACAGCAGCUUAGAGACCUUUGAAAAAGAAUGGUAUUCUCUUCAGACAUCACAACAGGAAGGCACAGUCAUCAGCAUCAACUGCUCAGCAAGCCAGGCUCUCUGCCGCGAAUUCGACGUUGUGUCUUUCCCGACUGUCAGACUUCACGGGCAGGACGGGCAGUUCGAGCGUUACCGUGGUCCUAGAAAGGCAGAAGACAUCAUCGCGUAUCUCCGGCGCAUGUCACGACCGGCAGUCUCCAGUCUCGACGCCACAGAGGCAUCCUCGUUCACGUCCGUAGACGACGUCGUCAUCGUUGCAAGCGUGGGCGAAGAUGAUGACGACUUGGGGUUUGAAGAGCGCUUUUCGAGAGUAGCGCAGCGGUUCCAGGAUCGGUAUUCCUUCGCGGUACAGCAGCGGAAAGCUGGUGGUACAUCCCUGGAGUGCGUGAACAAUGUGGACUCGGAGGCGUUUUCGAUUACCGAUCUGUCGGAUCCGCUGGCCAUCGAGAACUUCAUAAGGCAGUGCUCGCAGCCUCUGGUUCCCGAAUUCACUAGACGCAACGAAGGUGAACUCACAAAGAUGGGCAAGAGUAUUAUACAUUACUUCACCUCGUCCGACACAGAUCGAAAGUCCUAUGUCAAUGCCAUCCGGGCGCUGGCGAAAAGGUAUCAAGAGUAUCUCCUCUUCGUCACGACGGAUGUGGCCGAGUACCCGCACAUGGCGUCCAUGAUGGGCCACAGGGAGGGAGCCAGCAAUGUUCUGUCUGUGUUUCAACCUGUCAAUGGUGGGGUCUUUGUGUAUCGCGGGCAGACCAUCACGGCGGAGACGGUGGAGAGGUUUUUGGGAGACAUCAGCUCUGGCAGGGUGAAGAUGUGGGACGGCGUGCUGCCGGAAGCGGAUGCAUUCAUUACGCAUGAAGAAUUGUAG